AUGCUUGCAACUCAAAUUAAUAAUUGAGAGGAUAAACGAAAUACUUUGCUCUUGCUUUUAGUAGCAAAUAAUAUGUCUGGACUUAAAACUGUUUUAUUUCUUACUCACACAAACAAAAAAAAAAAAUGUUAUAAAUAAAUACUCACAAAUAAUAAAACGUUGUUAAUAAAUAAGCAGCUGCAACGCUAGUAUUUUAGCACUUUCUUUUUCAGAGUCCAAUCUCUCAUCUUUGGGUGGAGUCGACAUGUGUCCUCCUUGUGUCCAAUUUGGCAAAGAUGAGCUUCUAACUCUUUACAACUAUGUAAACAACCACGCAAUUCCAAACUCCUGCGAUGAUAUCUGUGGUAUUCUAAAAGCCAAGCUGCCAGUUGAAAUCUGUGGAUUUUUAUGUCUCAGUGUAGGAGUCAAAGUUUUUACAGAAGAUAUUAAAAAAGACGCUCCAGAUCCAAUCUAUUUUUGUGAAGAUCUUAAGCAGUGUCCUGCAGUCAAAGGAGGAGCAGCCAAUAUCACUAAUACUUAUGUGACCCCAUCAACAGCUGCUCAGUUCUCAACCUUCAACAUCCAAGUGCUUUUUCAAGUGACCAAAGAAACAGGAACAGGUGAAGUCGCCUUAACAUUGAAAACUCCUGAUAAAAGCGUCCUCACCCAGAGCUAUCUUAAUGAAGGAUUCCCAAUUGGGGCAUACUCAGCUAAGUUCCAAGUGGUCACAGAUGGAGGAUAUCCUGCUGGAAAUUACACUGGGCAAGUAGCUGUUUGCACAGGCACUUGUGGAUCUGCCUCUCCUAUUAGUGUAACUCUUGCAACAACUAACGUAAAAUUUACGGUAACUCAACAAGCUUAA